AAUGAUCUGUCUGACGAAACGGCUGCGGAACGUCUGUACUGUAGUUGUAAUUUUAAUAAGCUAUUAUUAAUAUUAUUCACUUCUGCCGUUUCUAAAGGAAUACGAUCCGUCGUUCGAAGAUUUAAAUUUUAAGGUUUUAUUUUGAUACCUGUGUGUAUGGUCUGAGGGUCCUUACUUCCUCAAUCAGUCGGUAGCCGGCUAUAUUACUGAGUAGUUUUUACUGCAGUUGUAUAUAUGCUACAUAAUUAUUAUUUUUUUAUUUUGUAGAUAGCUGUUUUUUAUUUAUCUGUAUAAUGCGGACUCAUUUUCGAUUACCGAAACGGUCGUUAAUUGCUCUUUUAUUCCUGUUUUCGCUCUCAACCUCUGCAAUGUAUUUCAUAUAUUCAGCACCUGGGACCGUAAACGAGUAUCUGUUCAUGGUGCAAGCACAGAGCAUCCAGUUCCGGAAGAACGUACGGACGAUUGGAGCCCAGGUUUACGAGCAGGUGGUGCGAGGAGCCUACAGCAAUGGCACAGAUUAUCCUUUUGAGUUUAACCUCAGCGAGCCCUAUGUCCAAACCACCACAUUCCUACCUGAAGGCUUUACUUACCUGCCCAAUGAAACCUGUCCUGAGAAACUUCCCUCAAUGAAGGGGCCAGUGGACAUCAAUAUGAGUGAGAUCUCGAUGGGUGACGUCGAGCAGUCAUUGAUGGGGGACUCUGGUAUCAUGCUAGGGGGACACUGGAAACCCCAGGACUGUGUUCCCCGCUGGAAGGUGGCAAUCCUGGUGCCAUUCCGGAAUCGACACGAACAUCUUCCCGUACUCUUCCGACAUCUCAUCCCAGCACUCCAGAGACAGCGGCUGCACUUUGCCUUCUACGUCAUUGAGCAGGCUGGGACUCAUACCUUCAACCGAGCCAUGCUGUUCAACGUUGGCUUCCUGGAAGCCAUGAAGGAUCUGGACUGGGACUGUGUCAUCUUCCACGACGUGGACCACAUCCUGGAGAACGACCGGAACUACUACGGCUGCGGGGACAUGCCACGACACUUCGCAGUCAAGCUCAACAAGUACUCCUACCUGCUGCCGUAUGAAGAGUUUUUCGGGGGAGUCAGUGGGUUGACGGUGGAGCAGUAUCGGAAAGUCAAUGGCUUCCCCAAUGCAUUCUGGGGUUGGGGUGGAGAGGAUGAUGACCUCUGGAACAGGGUGCAGAAUGCCGGGUACAACGUGAGCCGACCGCAAGGGGAGAUCGGCAGAUACAUGUCCAUCCCUCACCAUCACAGAGGGGAGGUGCAGUUCCUGGGCAGGUACACACUGCUGCGACACUCCAAAGAGAGGCAGAGCCUGGACGGACUCAACAACCUGAAGUAUCUCCCUCAGGUGACAAGGAAGCCCUUGUACUCCAACAUUACCAUCAACUUGACACCAGAGCUGGCUCCUGUCAGCGACUACUGAGCAAGACUCGCAAUGAACAGUGUGUCCACUAGCACAAACACAAACACAAACGCACAGACACAAGCACUCCGGCAACAAAGAACAUUCAAAUCACAUAGACACACACAGGUGUUCCCCAGCUGUUCCAAACUCCACAUACUCGCACGCAGUCCAGACGCGCGAAAAUACAGAGUUUCCGUAUUCAUUUCAGCUCAUACAUGCGUUUAUAUUCACAUGGAUGGCGGCAGCAGGUUUGCAAAGCUGUAGUUCCAUCUCUGGUGGGACUGAUAAGCUUACUAGACCACCGUCUUCAAGACAUUUCACUGUACUGUGUAGGAGAGCAAACAUUUGAUAAGAUUAAAAAAUCACGUCCACAGUUUGGCCUAGGCAGCCGGUUCUGCUCUAGAGCUAUAGAUAAGGAUUUAAAAUAAUAAAAAGAAAAGUCUUGCUGUACACUAAAUAGAAACAGCCCAUUUUGAAGGAUGAACUCAAUGGCCUGUUAAACAUCGUCAAGUAGGAAUACGUGCACAGAGAUUUGGAAUGGCAACAGAUUUAAAAAGUCCCUGUUUUAUAAGAUGUUCGUUAUCUAUCAAAAAGAGCUAUAGUGAAAGUGGGAUGUUAAUCAACAUCCUACAUAAGCCCCUUUCAUAAGCGAUGGCAAGGCACCCUGUGUUUGUAUUUGGUGAAAUCGGUAUGCCAGUCUCCCUUACUCUACACAGAGCAACCCUGCUGAGAAUUAGAACACGCCGUGGAUUAGAGCUACAAGUCUACCUCCAAAUUGUGACAAGCCCAGCUCUGACUGAAUGACCUAUCUGUUAGCCAGCUGGAUAUCUCUCACUAUCCGUUAACAGAGCUAUUGCCACGCCUAUCAUUCAAAUGUGAUGUAACUCACUCCUGCAGUUGUGACUGUAACUCUGUAACAAAGUUGUACAUCCUAAUGCUAUAUGACUACUUGAAUUUAACUGUUUAACAAAACAUUAUUUCAGCCGACAAGAACAAGGUCAGUUAUUCCUUGAAAUGACGUUGGUCUUUAAAUGAACGUGGUCUUUAACACAGCCCCAACCCCAGAGCUGCGAAUCUUGUUCAGAUUCUCACCUCGACAUAUUUGCAUACCAAUUAAAGGCUGGCCUGGAAAGUACACCAUCUUGGAAGAGAGUGAUAUUCACAACAUGUUGUCUGGAGCUGGGAGUCAGGGCAUCUCAACGCUAUCAUCUGGAGCGAGAUUGAUUCCACUCGGAGGCAGUGAAAUAUCACCAGGAAGACUUAUCUCUCUCUAGUGUGCCAAACCUGAGCCUCCCCCUUCCUCACCCUCUUUACUUCAUCCAAAUCAUAGUAUUUACGCUAUUAGGAACAGAAAAAUAACUCUGUUAUCUGGUGGAUCAGAAAUCUUUCGAUUUGUUUCAUCGUUGUGCUAUUGCUUUUACAGCAGCCAUCCCCAAAUGUUUGCUCUUCAGUUAAAGUUUAAGUAACUAAGUGUCGGAUAUAAUGCCUUCUGUGGCUGCUGUGGUGUAAUAGUUUGUUCCUUGAUGAUGUACGUCUAUCAGAUUGGUCAUUGACAAUCUGAUAUAUAAGCAAUUUGAUAGUGACUCGGUCUUGCAUUUUCAAACACCAAGGAAGUAAGCUUUCUUUCAGAUCUGUGUUUAUUGAUAUUGACUAAAAACACUUCAAGCUUUAUUUUGUCUCGUAUCUAUGACCCUACAUUUCAGAGGUGGGCAUGAGUGGGGCAGUUCCUGUCCAGCUUGCAUGUAAUUUGAAGGGAGAGAGAAGAGACUAAAGAAAGCAGGGCGUUCUGUUGGCUUCAGGCAUACAGGGGAAGGAUUAAAUGGUUCUCCACAGACAACCACUGGGAGUUGAUUAACACUUUCAAUGUGUAAUUAAGACUCUUGGACUGGACUUUUUUGGCCCCCCAUGAUUUGAUUAACUACUGUGUUAUCGUAUUGCCAGUGGCUUGUCGUCAGAAUAAAUCACUGGAAAAGGCAGCUCCCAAAGAGGACUUCUGCAGUGCUAAUAGGCAGCUAUUGCUUCUUAAGGGAUUGAUUUGCUCCAAAUGUAAUGCAAUGGCGGGGGGGGGAUAGGUGACUAAGAUUGCAAUGAAACUUGGUAAUUGUGUGCCAGUGUUUAAAGGUUUUAGAAUGAUACUGUGAAUCUUUUUAACUAGCUACAAUGGGGGAUAAAAGAGUGUGUGGGUACUGUGGCCCUGGAACUGCACAUUUAUAACUUGGUGCUAUAUAGAGCCCUAUAUACAGCAGUUACGUCCCAUAUACAAUCCACAAAAAAGUGACACGUCAUUCUAAUACCUUUUGAUUUUGACGUUGACUCAAAUAAUGGCAUUGAAUCUUUAAAAAAUAAAAACAUGCAAAAAAAAAGUGUUAUCUUUUAAAAACCUUGAUUUUGGGAUGUUUACAUUGAAAAAUCAGCUGUUUUAUUUUUUUGUUUUGUUUAGUUUUUUUUUGUACAUUUGCUUUUUUAAUGACGCUGUAUGGAUGAGGCUGGCCUCUGUAUUUGUUGUGAUUUGACAUUAUUUAGCAGUCCUAGUAAAUCUACAAUGGGUUUGUGACCUGAGAUGGGCAUGUUGCCUCCAGCGCUCAGUCCUGGGCACUGGGCAGAUAUACUGGUUUGGUGCUAGUCCUGUAAGGUCAUUCCAGUUCAAUUCUGUCCCAGGACUGGAGACCAUUUUGUAUGACGGCACUUUAUUGCCUGACUAAAAUGAGUUCUGUUGGGUCUCAGCACUGUUUAGAUGACAGGGACCAUGGAGUAGAAGUGCCCAUCUCAGAAUGGCACCUGUUUGGUCAAUUUAAGCCUAUAAGGGCCAUGGGGAAUAAUCAUACUAAUCUGGAUGAGGGGACAGUAUCUACCUUGCUGCCCCUGAAAGAUUGGGCGCUUUCCAUGUUAAUUGUAUUUUUAUUUAAAAGUUUUAUGUGUUUUUUUUUUUUAUUAUUAUUUUUUAAUAAAAUUAAUAAAUAAA